AUGCUCUUUGGGUCGCAGCUGCAGAAGGGCGAUACCAUUUGGGAUGAGGUGAAAGACGACAUGGAGAAGAUCCCCUUGGAAGAGUUGACGGAGCGUUUCAGUAAGUCUGCUGUUGGAAAGAAGGAGAAGCCAAAGAAGGACGAGACUGAGACCAAGAAAGAGGAGUUGAAGAGCCUGAGGGUCAUCACAGACCCGCAGAUCGUGGUGGGCAAAGAAGCCUCGCUGAAGAAGCUGCCGGAGCCCAGCGAGGUGGCGCGCGCCUUGGAUCAGCUGGACGACACGGUGCUGGACAUGGAGCUGCUGCAGGUGGUCAAGGACAACGCUUGCCCCACGGCUCCACAGCUGAAAGACAUGGGCGAGGCCAGGCAGAAGAAUCCCAACGUGCCCUGGGCGCUGCCGGAGAGCUAUAUGUGGGUCAUUGGAAACAUGCCGGCCUAUCAGCAGCGCAUCGACUGCUGGGCCUUCGCCAUGUCUUACAAGGAGCAGCAAGCGGCGUACGACAGCGCCCUGAAGGCGUUCCUCUCUGUGGUGGAAUGCUUCCAGGACGCUUUGGAGCCCACGGAAGAGUCCGAGAUGUUGCCGGUGCUCUUGGGCCUGAUCCUGGCAGUGGGGAACUACCUGAACGGCGGCACCAACCGAGGCCAGGCCGAUGGCUUCGACCUGGAGACCUUGGGCAAGCUCGAGGGCAUCAAGGACGCCGCCGGCAAAGAUGUCCGCGAUUUCAUCUUUGACAUCUUUCUCAACCGAAUGACAGAGCAGUCCGUCCAGUUUUGCGAGGAGCUCACGCCUUGCAUGGAGAACAUCAACCGACGUCUCAACAAAGACUCUGACGGAGUGGAGAAGCUUGACAAGUCUGCAAAGAUCGCGUAUGAGGACUUCGACAUCUGCGUCACAGGGCUUCACGCGGAUUUCCUGAGCAAGCACGAGACCAUGCAGAUGAUCCUCUCCUACUUCGAAGACCCCGCAGAUCCAUUUAAGCUCCGGAUGCCGGAGAUCUAUGCCAAGGCUGAGGAGGCGCAGCUGCUGAAGUGGUUCAAGAUCCAGGCGAUGAAGAGCAGCGACUUCUGCCUGCUCUGGGACAACCUGCUGGUCCCCGGGAAUCUCAUCGUCAACGCCGACGUGAAGAUGAAGAAGGACUUUAUGAUCCCCAGCUUUUGCCAGAACAAGCCGGUCUCCGCAGAAGACUUGCAGAUGCUCUGGGCCUUCAAGGCCUUUGAUGGCAAGCGCACGGCAGCGAAGAAAGGGCGAGGAGUGAGGAAGCGUCGACGUUUCUCCCAGCGCCUACGGGAUGCUCAAACUGCUGCUGCCGCGAAGGAGGCGGAAGGCGCCGCCGCAGGCGCCGCAGGCGCCGCAGGCGACGCCGGCGCCGCGGGCGCAGCACCGGCUCCGAAGGGCAAGGGCAAGAUGCCGCCGCCGGGCAAGGGGAAGGCAAAGCCUGCUGCUGCUGCUCCUGAGGCCUCUUCACUACAACCAGAGGCCUUGGCAGCUGCGACAGGGGCAGAGGCGUCAGCGGCGCCAGCUGGGAAGGGCAAGAAGGGCCCGAAAGGACCCAAAGGACCACCCGCUCCUGUCGCGGCCGCUCCUGAGUCUGCUGCUGCUCCUGCGGAAAGCGGGGCACAGGUUGCGGCUGAAAGCGCCGAAGCAGCAGCACCAGCAGCAACACCAGCGGCAGGGAAAGGAAAGAAAGGCCCAAAAGGCCCAAAGGGGCCUCCUGCUCCUGCCCCAGCAGCCGUAGAGCCUGCGACAGCUGAGUCUGCUGCUGUUGCUUCUUCGGAAGCCGCACCGGAGGUUGCAGAAAGCGCUGACGCGGCAGCCACGCCGGCGGCAACACCAGCGGCAGGGAAAGGGAAGAAAGGCCCAAAAGGCCCAAAGGGGCCUCCUGCUCCUGCCCCAGCAGCCGCAGAGCCUGCGGCGGCUGAGUCUGCUGCUGUUGCUUCUUCGGAAGCCGCACCGGAGGUUGCAGAAAGCGCUGACGCGGCAGCCACGCCGGCGGCAACACCAGCGGCAGGGAAAGGGAAGAAAGGCCCAAAAGGCCCAAAGGGGCCUCCUGCCCCUGCCCCAGCAGCCGCAGAGCCUGCGGCAGCUGAGUUUGCUGCUGUUGCUCCUUCGGAGAGCGCACCGGAGGUUGCAGCUGAAAGCACCGCCGCAGAAGCCGCCACGCCAGCAGCAACACCAGCGGCAACAGGCAAGGGUGGAAAGAAAGGCCCAAAAGGCCCAAAGGGCCCUCCUGCUCCUGCCCCAGCAGCCGCAGAGCCUGCGGCAGCUGAGCCCGCCGCUGUUGCUCCUUCGGAAAGCACACCAGAGGUGGCAGCUGAAAGCGCCGAUGCAUCAGCCGCCACGCCGGCAGCAACACCAGCGGCAACAGGAAAGGGUGGAAAGAAAGGCCCAAAAGGCCCAAAGGGGCCUCCUGCUCCUGCCCCAGCAGCUGCAGAGCCUGCGGCAGCUGAGUCUGCUGCUGUUGCUCCUUCGGAGAGCGCACCGGAGGUUGCAGCUGACAGCGCGGACGCAGCAGCCACCCCAGCAGCAACACCAGCGGCAACCGGGAAAGGAAAGAAAGGCCCAAAAGGCCCAAAGGGGCCUCCUGCCCCUGCCCCAGCAGCCGCAGAGCCUGCGGCAGCUGAGUUUGCUGCUGUUGCUCCUUCGGAGAGCGCACCGGAGGUUGCAGCUGAAAGCACCGCCGCAGAAGCCGCCACGCCAGCAGCAACACCAGCGGCAACAGGCAAGGGUGGAAAGAAAGGCCCAAAAGGCCCAAAGGGGCCUCCUGCUCCUGCCCCAGCAGCCGCAGAGCCUGCGGCAGCUGAGCCCGCCGCUGUUGCUCCUUCGGAAAGCACACCAGAGGUGGCAGCUGAAAGCGCCGAUGCAUCAGCCGCCACGCCGGCAGCAACACCAGCGGCAACAGGAAAGGGUGGAAAGAAAGGCCCAAAAGGCCCAAAGGGGCCUCCUGCUCCUGCCCCAGCAGCCGCAGAGCCUGCGGCAGCUGAGCCCGCUGCUGUUGCUCCUUCGGAAAGCGCACCAGAGGUUGCAGCUGAAAGCGCGGACGCAGCCGCCAAGCCCACACCAGCAGCAACAGGAAAAGGUGGAAAGAAAGGCCCGAAAGGCCCAAAGGGCAAGCCGGCCCAAACCGCACAGGGUGCCGAUGCAGAGAGCGAUGCCACCUGCUCGGAGAACGAAGCGAUGGACAAGGCACCGGCGGCGACCAGCCUGAGUGCUGGCUUGUCCCCAGUGAAAGCUGCUGACACGCCGCUGGAUGAUGACCUGGACAUGGCCUUCGAUGCGCCCGCAAGCGCUGCGCGCGGGGAGGGCACCUGA